AUGGAGGAUUGUGACCUCUGCAUCAUUGGCGCUGGCUACGCCGGCGUCAAUGCCUUGAACGCUGCGAGCAAGUACCUGCGCCGGGGCGCCCGCGUUUUCGUCGUCGCCAGGCAGAGCGGGUGGGGUGGUCAGUGGGUGGAGCAGUACGACUUUGUGCGCCUGCACCAAGCCUAUCCGUUGUACACCGCGGGCGAGCGUGAGUGGUCAAUCAGCGGGUCGAAGCCCUGGUCCCACCUCGCGUCCAAGAAGGAGAUCCUCCAGCACUUUGAGGACGUCGUGGAAGCAAACGUGCGUGAAAAGGACCUCGAGCUGGUUCCGCUCUUCCAGUACGAGUACGGCGGCCACUCGGUCGAACAAGGUGGCCGCAUUCGGCUGGUGGUGCGAUCGCUGCUCAACGGUGGCUCAGUCACGCCUCCCCCCGUCACUAUUUGUGCAGACAAGCUGAUCAUCGCCACAGGGGUGAAUGUGCCGGUGAAGCGACCAAUCGCCUUUGCGGCUCCGGUCUCUGCCGCUGUGCAUUCGCUGUGCCCAGCCGAUAUCCUCUCUCCGAGGUGGCACUCGAUAAUGAAAUACUCUCGGGAUGCAGACAAGCCCAUUUGGAUCAUCGGCAGCGGCAAGGCGGCUAUGGAUGUCAUCUGCGCGCUGAGCCUGCGGGAACCCGGUUGGGUCUCCCGGUUCCGGUGCAUUGCAGGACGUGGAACGUGGUUUAUGGACCGCGAGCAGGUCGAUCACCCGGUGGACACCGACGGCAACCUCCUCCCAGUCUACUUUCUUGAGAUGUGCGCCAUGUUCGACGGCAAGAAUGCGCAGGCCGUUUACCAAGAACUGUCCAGGAAGGGGUUCUUCCAUUCGUUUGUGCCUGACGCUCAGAACUUUGUGGCGGGGAUUGCAAGUAAGCAAGAGAUCGAGACUUGCAGAGCCGCACUCACGGAGCGUACCCGAAAGGGCCAUCUGGUGGACAUCGAGGAGAGCGCUGACGGGCUCCGCAUGAAGGUGCGAUCUCCUGACGGGCAGACGCAUGACUACGUUCCGUUGGAGCGCGGCUCGUUUCUCAUAAAUUGCACAGACAACGUCAUUGAGGGGCAGCUUGACGUCCAGCCCAUCAUCAGCGAUGACGGGAGGGUGCUAAACACGCAGAACCCUCUUCGGCAUAGCGGUCUCUCGGCACACUUGCAGACGCACGCGUGGUUCCUGGGGCUGCUAGACGGUGUCUGGCAACAGUACAUUGUCAACCCGCCAUGGAAUUACCACCAAAAAGAUACCUUCAUGCUGCAAGGCAUUGUUGGCCACAACACGCGGCUCAUCAGUGCCGUGCUGCCGACGGAGAUUUUGGCAGCAACCAAGGGGCUGGGACAUCCACCGGGAUUGCCUGCUCCAACACCCGAGUGGCUCGCCCGCGUGAAGGAAUGCACCACGCUGAUCGCAAAACGACACGAGACCAUGGAAAAGGCGCGGUACACCGACAAAGCAUCGCCUUUCCCCCGUGAGAACAAAGAGGUGCUUGGCGGCAAUAUUGGAGCGAGGGGGUGUGGGUGA